AGUGUUUGCAUGACUCACCGAAUAUAAAUACCAAAGUCAGGUUGAAAAGUCACCAGUAGAAGAUCUGACAGUAUGUCGAAUUCAUAUAUACACGCUUCCUUCUGAAACAUCGAAGCCAUUUUCGCCAAUCCAGACGUAUAUAUCUUGAAGAUUUCGCGUAAUCGUCACCGCGCGACACUCGAGCUACGUUCUUUUACAAAUUUAUACGUGUAUCGUUAGGAAGAUAAAAAAGAAUAAAAGAAAUCAGAUCGAUAUGGAGUCGGCAGAGGAAUACGUGAACUCGAGCACGUCCCAAUAUCGCGACGCGUUAGACUUUGUCGAGGAAUUCAAGAAAGAGAUGUCCGAGAUGAAAGGGAGGUGCAUCGACAUCGGUUGCGGGCCAGGAGACGUUUCCAAGGAAUUGAUCCUGCCAAAAUUGUCACCAGACGCUGAACUAGUCGGAGCGGACAUAUCGAAAGAGAUGAUCGAUCACGCGAGAGAGAAGUACCAGAACGAGGAACGUUUGUCGUUUAUAGAACUGGACAUCGAGGCUUCGAUUUUACCCGAGGACGAACUGGAACUGUAUAGCAACGUAUUAUCCUUUUAUUGCAUCCACUGGUGUGAAAACCCUCGGCAAGCUUUCGAUAAUAUUUACAAAUUACUGCAACCAGACGGGAAAGCUCUGGUUAUGUUCCUGGCUUGGAACAACGGUUUCGAUGCCUACGUGAAGGUCUACGAGAACCCUAAGUACAAGGUGUACAUGCAGGAUCUAAGUCACUUCGUGCCUUUUUUCCACCGGUGCGAGGACUCCCAGGCAACCUUGAGACUGAUGCUGGAAGACAUAGGCUUCGAGAUUAUAGACUGCAGCAGAAGAGAAAAGAGCUUUGUCUACCACAACAUGGACAUGUUAAAACGUCAUGUGAUAGCGGUUAAUCCCUUCAUUUCGCGGAUCCCUGAUCAUCUCAAAGAGGAGUUUAAGGAUGUGCUACUGCAUGAAAUAACGAGUCGGAAGACUUUAAUCCCGAGAAAGAACGACGACGGUCAAGAAGAGUACAGUAUCUUGGAUAAAUAUCACAUUCUUGUCGCAUACGUAAAGAAGCCCUCCGGCACGUGUUGA